UCGUACGAGUUGAAUAAUGGAUAUUUUCAUAAUAAAUUGGCAUUAAUGGCUUCAUCCGUUCAUAAUAACAGGUUGUCAUCCCCAAGAUCUUUUGGAUGUUGCAGGACUUGCAACAUGUGGUGUUGGAGAGCUUUUAAGUGGCUCCCUGUAAUUUUGGUUGUGUCGAUCAUAACUUGGUCUUACUAUGCCUACGUUAUCCAAUUGUGCAUUUUUACAAUUGAAAGUACUGUCCAAAAAACUAUAUAUCUCCUAGUUUAUCACAUUCUUCUGAUAAUGUUUUGCUGGUCGUAUUGGCGGACGAUUUUUGCGGAUAUAAAGCAGAUUCCCGAAAAAUACAAACUACCUGGUGAAGAAUUGGACAAAUUGCUUAGUGCUGAAUCAGAAGAUGCUCAAAGGACAAUCUUGGAUAAUUUUGCCAAAGAUCUACCUGUAGUUACAAGAACAAUGUCAGGCUCGGUACGUUAUUGCAACCGUUGCGUGCUGGUGAAGCCGGACCGCGCGCACCACUGCAGCAUCUGCUCUCGCUGCGUCCUCAAGAUGGACCACCACUGCCCGUGGGUCAACAACUGUGUCUGCUUCCACAAUUACAAGUUCUUCAUGCUCUUCCUCGGUUAUGCUCUCAUCUACUGUCUAUUCAUCAUGUCAACGUGCCUGCCUUACUUCAUUAAGUUCUGGAAGGGCGACUUCGGUACAUCGGCUAGCUCUGGUCGAUACCACGUGGUGUUCGCGUUCUUCGUGGCUCUCAUGUUCGCGACCACGCUCGGAUCGCUCUUCGGAUACCACUGCUAUUUAGUAGCACAUAAUAGGACCACGUUAGAUGUGCUAUUAGCUCGGCUUGGACGAGAUCGUCCAUCUAGAAAGAUCAUAAGCAAUAUUAUUACCGCAAUGAUUGAUGAAGCGUUCCGAGCUCCAAUGUUCAGAGGUGGCGCUGACAAGAAUGGUUUCUCCAUUGGUGCUUUCAACAAUUUCAAAGAGGUAUUCGGGAAUAGCCCGAAUCUCUGGAUGUUGCCCGUCUUCACGAGCUAUGGAGACGGGAUCGUAUAUCCCCUGCCUCAACCGGAUGAAGACACGGAAUCCCUCCUGAGCUCAGAGAGAUGGGACCGCUGGGGAGAGCGCGCUCGGCCCUUCGAUGAACGCGAAAGUUCAUCCUACGACGAACUGUGAGUGCUGCCAUCAUCGACGCAAAGAUCACGAAUUAAGACGGGUAACACUAAGAUCAUGUCUUUGUAGCUUUUUAUAUGCUUAUACCUUUUUCGUCAUGAUUGGCGAUUUAUAUAGGACGCGUUUUGAAUUCGAUUGUCGGUGUACAUAUUUCAUCUACUUUUAGAAUGUUCUAGAACAGCCAUUGAUGCUGAUGUAAUUUAGUUUUAAGAGACUAAAAGCUCUAGCUCUGCUUAUCUCUACUUUUGAGGAAUUACCAUGACUUUAUCUUUCGUAUCCUUAAAUUCGCGUUAUUGCAGAAAUGCAACGUGACAUUAAAGAUUCGUUUCUCUCAGAUAUAAUAGCGUCUGUUAAAAUAUACUUAAUUAAUCUAAAGUACAAGAUAAUGAGAUGGGUAGUAAAUUAAAGACUUCACAUAUGUAUUCUUUUCAUGGCAAACGCCGUACAAAAAAAUAUUUACUUAAAUUUUCGAUGAAG